AUGUUCAUUACCCCCUACACCGUUCCCGUCGCUGUCUCCGCAGCGUCACCGACCGCCAUUCCACCCAUAACCACAACGAUAAUAUCACUCGCAACCGCCUCUCUCUCUCCUCGUGUGUAUGUUCCUGGUUUGGAGGAUGCCGUACCUACUGAACCUCCCGAGCCCUUGGAUUGUAUCAUUGCCAGCACAUUUUCCAGCUAUCCAGCAACCACAUGCCUGCCCUACUCCGCCUAUUUCCCCUUACAGAAGACCAGGGGCAUCGACGCCGCCUGCUUCACUCUCACCGGGCCCAGCGAUUGGGUGCCUGUGUCUUUGCCCUACUACGAGGUGGAUAUGGACAGUUGCAGCAGCGUGAAAGCAGUGACGACAACGAGCUAUUCCUGGUACCACGGCUGGUAUGGCGACGAGAUAAAGACGUAUACCAUGACUUACCCAGGCCGGGUGUCGUGCCGUUGGCACAUGACCGAAGACAACUUGGAGUACUGCGAGAAAGUGUCGCCUUUGGGAUGGGCUGCGCUCGUCAUGACCUUCCUCACCAUCCAAGUGUCGUGGUGGGCGAGCGAUCUGCCGCUGCUUUCUAAGCCUCGCGAUCAGGGCGGCGGAUUGCGCGCCUACCUUGAUGCGGUCGUGUGGGCAUGCGUGCGCGCCAACAGCCCGAUGAGUGCUGGAAUGGUCGCCCUGUACUGCGGCCCGGGUCCAGCCCACGCUGCGAGGAUCUACUACCAAGGCGUGCGUACUGGACCUGAUGGGCACCUGUUUGACGGGAGGACGCCGAACCCAAGAUGGAGACCCGGUCGGUCGUUGAAGUACUGGACCAGCGUACUCAACGAGUGCAUAUCUCUUAUAACAGCGAUCAUCACGAUUGUCAAGGCAUGUACUAAGACGGUUAGGGAGGAUCAGGAGCCGAUCCCGUUUUCUGAGAGCUCUUGGGUUGUUCCGACCCUGCCAACCACGCUGGUGGGUUUAUUCUUGCUCGCAUUAGAGUUGUUGCUCCCGCCAGAAACGAAGGUCCAAAAGCGCUGGAUGUGGAUUCUGUUCGUGGGGUGUCUAGCAAUUGGUGGGGGACUCACGGCACUCCUUUGGAAGUUCGAUGCCUCGACGAGGGAUAUGUGGUACAUUAUCAUGAUCCUCUAUUUCUUCAUGUCAGCACCUAUAUCGGAGUUCGGAAGGCGGGCGGGCUGGGCCAUCUUGGGCGCGUGGAUGGUGCGCGCUGGCGGCGUGACCGUGGCGGCGUUUAAUCAUUACGGCGCAGGUCAGCCAUGGUGCAGGAUCCCUGGCAACGGGUUCGCCAUUGCGCAUGCGGUCUUGGGUGCUAUUUCGACCAUCCUCGCCUUCGAGGGCUUGUUGAGCUUGAAGAAGCUCGGGGCACUGGAGGGACCUGAACAAAGAAGCAUAGCCAUCGCCUAG